GCUGGUUCUCAAAACUCAAGAACAAGCGGUGAACGUUAUGUAAACAUUUCGUAACAAUCAUGGCUGCAGCACCUUUAGCUCGGAUCCUCUCAAAGUCUUUCAGACAGAUCGCUCGGCCAUGGGGAGCAUGUCAGGCUGGGUGGAGAAGCAGCUCCACCAGAUCAGCUCCAGACAUCGCUUCAGAUGAGGCGAACAGAGCAGCCUCCUUCCCUCCGCUCCAGACCUUCUCUGAGGAGGAGGGCAUGAUGAGGGAAGCAGUGAAAAAGUACGCACAGGAGUGCAUCGCUCCUCACGUGGCAAAGAUGGACGCGAAUUCCUUCAUGUCUGAUGAAGUGAUCAAAUCCCUCUUUGAACAGGGUCUCAUGGGCAUUGAAAUCGACCCAGAAUAUGGAGGCACUGGCUCCACAUUCUUCUCAUCCAUUCUUGUUAUUGAGGAGCUGGCGAAGGUGGACCCCUCCGUGGCCGUCCUCUGUGACAUCCAGAACACGCUGAUUAACACGCUGCUUGUCAAACUUGGUAACCCGGCCCAGAAGGAGAAGUACCUCAGCCGACUGUCCACUGACAUGGUUGGAAGUUUCUGCCUCUCUGAAGCCGAAUCCGGAAGUGACGCUUUUGCUCUGAAGACUCGUGCUGAAAAACACAAAGAUUAUUACAUAAUAAAUGGCUCUAAGAUGUGGAUCAGUAAUGCUGAGCAUGCAGGGGUUUUUCUAGUGAUGGCCAAUGUGGAUCCUUCUGCUGGAUACAGAGGCAUCACUUGCUUUAUUGUUGACCAGGGCACUGAGGGGCUCGAGAUUUGCAAAAAGGAAGACAAGCUUGGUCUGCGUGCGUCUUCCACCUGCCCUCUGAACUUGGACAAUGUCAAGGUACCAGAAACAAACAUUUUAGGGGAGAUCGGUCAAGGGUACAAGUACGCCAUCGGAAUGUUAAAUGAGGGCAGGAUUGGAAUUGCAGCUCAGAUGGUUGGACUGGCACAGGGCUGCUUCGAUCACACGAUUCCAUACACCAGGCAGAGAACGCAGUUUGGGAAGCGUGUCUUUGACUUCCAGGGCAUGCAGCACCAAAUCGCUCACGUAGCAACACAGAUUGAAGCCGCCCGGCUGCUGACGUACAACGCCGCUCGUCUGAAAGAAGCAGGGAGACCUUUCAUUAAAGAGGCCUGCAUGGCUAAAUAUUUCAGCUCCGAGGUUGCAACCCUGACUACAUCAAAAUGCAUCGAGUGGAUGGGUGGAGUCGGCUUCACCAAAGACUAUCCUAUCGAGAAAUACUACAGAGAUUGCAAAAUUGGCGCCAUUUAUGAAGGUACGACAAACAUCCAGCUGUCCACCAUGGCCAAGUUCAUCGACAAGGAGUACGACUACUGAGACCAUCCGCCUGAUCGACGGCACUUUGCUGUGUUACGCGUGGUUUCUGUGUGAAAUGCACAUCUAUCGACCUGUAACCAAACAUUGCAUUGAUACACUGUAUCAACCGUCAAACUCUUGGUUGGUAAUCAUUGAUUCGGUUCACCGUCUUCCAGCCUCAGUUAACAGUCUCUUCUGUUGUCGUCUUAGGUCUGAGCUGCAGAAAUAAUCUUUACUCAACUUCUUGAGGUUUUUCUUCAGCUUGAUCACUCAGCAUUUUAAUCACAGUUUCUGAACUUGCAUUUUAUAGCAAAGAAUUCUAUCUAUUUCUCAAGCGGCGCUUUAACGCCGAGAAUAAGCACAUUUAAAAGAUGUAUGUUACAAACUGCAUAGAAUUACUCUAACACUCCAUUUUUUUCCCCCCUGAAAUCACUUUUUGAGGCUCCUUUGCAUCUCUAUAACUUGCAUCAAAUUGAUGUAAAUAAACAGUUAUUCGUCUUCUCUUUUUUAACUUUGUUGCGAAGUCAGCGAACUUUCCAGAAGACUCCCAGUGUUUUGCAGUUUGAGUUGAGAAAUGUGACAUUUCAUGAAUGUUACAUUAUUUAAUGCACACAACACAUCCUGUUCUUUGCAGGUGAUAACUGUUCACUUUUCCAACCCUGGACAUUAACUAAAAAAAUAAAUUCUUAGAUGAAAAUUUUUUUUUUGUGAAAAUUUCGUUAAAUGUGAAAAGCACCUUUUCCUGUCAGUUCCAUCUGUGCUGGUUUUCCUGUUUCCUAAAGUUGCGAGUAAGAGUUGAAAGAAGGGGCUAGAAUGUAAUAUAGCGAAACUAAAUAUUUAGGAUUUUGUCAUUUCAAACCUCUUUUCAAAGGAUAUCAUGCUGGUAUAAACUUGCUUUCAGAUUUAUAAAGUUUCAUUUCAUUGUUACUGAUACUAUGGUUACAGUUUAUCUUGUUUUAAAUGUCCGGUCUGUGUUGAUUUUUAUACAUUUUAGCACCUUGAUUCACUAUAAUUUUUCUUGUAGUUAAGAUGUAGUGAUGAAUAGUUUAAGAACAGGAUGUUGUGUUACAACACAGAUUAUUUUCUCAUGUUUUUUUCAGAGAUUGUAACUUUUGUGCCUUCAGAAAAUCGGUUACUGCAAUCCAGUGUGAUUUUUCUUGUCAUCAUCGGUGUGUGGGAUUUUUUUUUUCUUUUUUCUUUUAUAACACACCAAGCAGUUAUCUGUAAAACAUUACUAGUAUUAUUAAAUAUGAUUGCCGCAA